CCACAUCGACUACAUCCUGGUUUACAGGAAGUCUGGUCCGCAGUCGGAGAAGAGGGAAAUAUUUGAGCGCAACAUCCGGGCCGAGGGCUUGCAGAUGGAGAAGGAGUUGUCUGUGUGCAACAGUGAUGUGAUCUUCCUGAAGCUGCAUGCUCCCUGGGAGGUGCUGUGUCGCUACGCAGAGCUUAUGAACAUUCGGAUGCCGUUCAGGAGGAAAAUCUAUUACAUGCAUCGACGGUACAAGUUCAUGAGUAGGAUGGAGAAGAGAAUCAACAGAUUUCGAGGAUGGCUGCCUCGCAAACCCAUGAAAUUUGACAACAACACCCUUCCUGACCUGGAGGAGAAUGAAAGCUUUACCGCCCCCUUCAGUCGCUCCAGAAUACAUCAUUUCACCAUUCACAACAAAGACACGUUCUUCAACAACGCUACCAGGAGUCGCAUCGUCCAUCAUAUCUUGCAAAGYGUCAAAUAUGAGGAGGGCAAAGACAAAAUGGGGCUGAAUCGUCUUUUGAGCAAUAGUUCAUACGAGGCAGCUUUUCCCCUUCAUGAGGGGAGCUACAGAAGUAAGAACUCCAUCCGYACGCAUGGGGCAGAGAACCACAGACACUUGCUGUAUGAAUGCUGGGCCUGGUGGGGUGUGUGGUACAAGUACCAGCCACUGGACCUCAUAAGGCGGUACUUCGGUGAGAAAAUUGGUCUCUAUUUUGCCUGGCUGGGUUGGUACACUGGGAUGCUGUUCCCUGCGGCGCUGGUUGGGCUCAUGGUCUUCCUCUACGGCUGGUUCACCCUAGACCACUGCCAGGUCAGUAAAGAAAUCUGCCAGGCCACUGACAUCAUCAUGUGCCCCAUAUGUGACGAGUACUGCCCCUACCUGAGACUCUCAGACAGCUGCAUCUAUGCCAAGGUCACCCAUCUUUUUGACAACGGAGCAACAGUUUUCUUUGCUGUAUUCAUGGCUGUGUGGGCAACCGUGUUUCUCGAGUUCUGGAAGAGGCGGCGAGCGGUCCUUGCAUAUGACUGGGACCUAAUUGACUGGGAGGAAGAGGAGGAGGAAAUCCGUCCCCAGUUUGAGGCCAAUAUUCCAAAAAAGGAGAGGAUGAACCCCAUAUCUGGAAAGCCUGAGCCGUACCAGGCCUUUACAGACAAGUACAGCAGACUCAUCGUCUCAGCUUCUGGAAUCUUCUUUAUGAUCCUGGUGGUGAUCGCUGCCGUUUUCGGCAUCGUGAUUUACCGUGUGAUCACAGUCAGCACUUUUGCCGCCUUCGGCUGGGCUCUCAUCAGGAAUAACUCUCAGGUGGCCACCACCGGCACAGCCGUGUGCAUCAACUUCUGCAUCAUCAUGCUCCUCAAUGUGUUGUAUGAAAAAGUUGCCCUUCUGCUCACCAAUUUAGAGCAGCCAAGGACUGAGUCAGAGUGGGAGAACAGCUUCACCCUGAAGAUGUUCCUGUUUCAGUUUGUCAAUCUCAACAGCUCUACCUUCUACAUAGCUUUUUUCCUGGGCAGGUUCACUGGUCGGCCAGGAGCCUAUAUCCGCCUCAUUAACCGCUGGAAAUUGGAAGAGUGCCAUCCCAGUGGUUGUUUGAUAGAUCUCUGCAUGCAGAUGGGUAUCAUCAUGGUGCUCAAGCAGACCUGGAACAACUUCAUGGAGCUGGGCUACCCGCUGAUCCAGAACUGGUGGACGCGGCGAAGGCUGAGGCAGGAGCACGGCCCCAACGCCAAGGCCAGCUUCCCGCAGUGGGAGAGGGACUACAACCUGCAGCCCAUGAAUGCCUACGGACUGUUUGACGAAUACCUGGAGAUGAUCUUACAGUUUGGCUUCACCACCAUAUUUGUGGCAGCUUUCCCCCUGGCCCCGCUCCUGGCCCUCCUCAACAACAUCAUCGAGAUCCGCCUGGACGCCUACAAGUUUGUCACCCAGUGGCGGAGACCCCUGCCCUCUCAAGCCAAAGACAUAGGGAUCUGGUACGGCAUUCUGGAGGGCAUCGGUAUCUUGUCCGUCAUCACCAACGCCUUUGUCAUCGCUGUCACCUCUGACUUCAUCCCACGCCUUGUCUAUGCAUACAAGUACGGCCCGUGUGCCGGGCAGGGCCGGGCCGGAGAGAGGUGCAUGAUGGGAUAUGUAAAUGCCAGUCUAUCGAUGUUCAGAGUGUCUGAUUUUGAGAACAAUUCGGUGCCCAGGACAGAUGGAUCGGAUAUGUUUGGAGAAGCAGUGAAGUACUGCAGGUACCGUGACUACAGAGAGCCCCCGGACUCGCCCGGUGAACCAUACUCCUACACACUGCAGUUCUGGCAUGUCCUGGCCGCACGGCUGGCCUUCAUCAUAGUCUUCGAGCACAUGGUUUUCACCAUCAAGAACCUGAUCGCCUACCUGAUCCCAGACCUGCCCAAGGACCUGCGUGACCGCAUGCGGCGGGAGAAGUACCUGAUCCAGGAGAUGAUGUACGAGGCCGAGCUAGAGAGACUGCAGAAGGAGAAGAACGAGAAGAAGAAGAAUUACAGGGCCCAUCAUAACGCAUUGCCCUGAAUGCACAAGCAGGUCAUGCUGGUGUCCAUUUUUGCUCGGUGGCGUUGUGUGUGGGAAUGACAGAGAACUGGCUGCAUGCACGCCAGGGACUGUCCUGCCUGUCUGCGUCUCCCACUGGACCAGGUGAGCGCCCCCAAGAGGACCGUCAGCAUGCUCCUCGCCAUGGUGUUCAAACGUACUGUACGUCAUUCUGAAUCAGAGAGGCCAGUGGGUGAGGGGGAAAAAGAGGACAUACAUUGGAACAUUUGACAAUGGGUUUACUACUUUUUUCCAGAUUGCUCCUUCCACUUUGGACUCACAACUGUACAUUUCUUCAAAGCCUGAAUGUAGAUUUCAAAGAAACACAAAAAACAAACUUUUGCAUUUCUAUUGUCACAACUUAAAAAAAUAUUCUGUCAUCCGUGCAGUUGAAUGACAAACCCUGUUUACAAUCCUAGCCUUUUUAUUUUGAUGACAAAACUCAUGAGAAAUCAUGAUCAAUUGCUUUCACAAGGUUGUGAACCUUCGGCCAUGUUCUCUGCUUACAUUGUGUGCUGCAAUAAGAUGUUAUUUUGAAACGAUGUUCCAUCAGAUCUGUGUUAGUGGACACAGACUGCUCAAACAUCCAAUGCCUUCCUUUACAAUGGAUACUAAUAACAAGACUAAUAAAAAUUCAUAUUUAUUACAAA